AUGGAGGAGGAUAUUGGAAGAGGACUACAAAUGAAAGAUCAAGAUGAACUAAUAGGAAAGGGUGGGGUGUUUAAGAAAAGGACCGGAUUCACCAAAUUUAGUGUACCUAUACACACAACAUCGAAAGAUAAAUUUGUAAAUGCACUAUCUGGUUCUUUAUCGACGAUACCAAGAAGCAAAGAAGAACAUGAGGAACUAGACGAUUUAAAUAACAAAUUUAGUGAACGCCUGGAUAAAAUAGAGAAAAAGAAAGAGGAAAUAACAACAGAAGAGAUUGUAACUACAGUGGAGGAAGACAAAGUUAAUGAAAAUAAAAAACGCGUAGUGACAACGUAA